CUGCGAGUGGCAGGACCGCGCAAAAGACAAGACAAGGGGGCUCUCCGCUGCUGGUGACAGAACACGCUUCUGGCAUCUUUGACUUUCCCUUUCUUAUUUCACCCUCUUUUUCACGGCACAAAUGAAAUUUUCUGCCCUUUUCGCUCCCAGGUCUCCAGUCUCAGCCCUCUCACUCUACUGUCCGUCCAUCCGUACCGCACCCGCCGCCUCUCCCUACACUCACCAGUCGUGACCAGCGCUUCUAGAGUCGUAGAGCACAGGAUCCUUGUGCCUCUCGCGUUUUCUUUCCUGCCUCUUUCUUCGUUUGCUUAUUCUCCAUUGUCGACCUUUUGCUCGUGGCUUCCCGAUUCGUCCCUCGGAUCUUCCUGCCUCUGGGGAAGGACGUAUCCUCAAACUCGCUGUCGCAGUUCUUUGUUUCACCGACGCCCCACUGGUGCCGCCGUUUCUUGUCACCCACUCUCCCUUUUCGUAUUUUGUAAACUACGCUGCGUUUUUAUCUUGGAUUCCUUGUUUCUUGUUCCACGUCUUCCUUGGAUAUCCCCCCGCCGCCAUUCUGUACGCUACCCCGGACACCGUUCCUGCCUGUCCUGCAGACUUUUUGCGCCUGCUGAUCGUAUUUCCUCGGCGCUGUUAACUGGAUCUGGAUUCAUCAGCCACUGUGUGAGAUACUGAGACUCAACGAACGCUUGUCUGUGCAUCUCUUUCGUCCCCAUGGUACUCGGCGCGCGUCGUUCUGGGCGCUCCAUGGCGCCCCGAGUGACUCUUUACCCUUCGGAAGUGAGUGCAGACGAGAAAGAAACUGAGCGCACGAUGGAAGUCAGCGCAAACCAGGAAGAGGCAGACGACUUUUCCCCGCACUGCCCGUCUAUAGACACUUUUCUGAAGAAAAUCGGAAAAGACUUGGGCCUCGACGCAGACGGAGUCGAGGACAUUCGCGCUCGGCUCCUGGUCAACCAAAUCACCACCGGAGAGGCCUUGGAAGCAGCUGUGCGCGAGCAGCGUCUCUGCGGCCUUUUUCACCCUCGCGUCACCGAGGCGAUUGUCGCACGCGUUACCGGUCGGGGUCUGCCAAUGUUUGAUCUUGACGAAUUUAUGGAGACUCGGCUGAGAGUCAAGAAUCCUGCGAAGUUCUUGCACGGCGCUAUUUUCGUCCAUCGCAUCGCUCCUGUGCCAGGGACGAGGAAAGGCCGCAUCGCCGUCACCUGGGCGUUCGACCUCGAUCUCGAGACAACGACGGUGGCCGAACUGCUGCAGCGUUUGGAGCUCCUCGUCGGCGAUGUGCCUGUUGACCGCAUGCGUCUCGUUUUCAACGGCUUCUCGAUGGCCACAACCAGCUCACUUCAGUCCUACGACGUCCGCAGCGGAGACACACUCUAUCUUUACACUUUGAGAGAUCCCCAGACUCAAGUGACGUUCACCGGCGCGCCGCAGGUCCUCGCGACGCCUCAACCUUUGCAUGCGCCUCUGCCCGUCGGCCUCGCGCCGGCUGCCGCCCCAGUGCGCGCGCCCCUGCCCAUGGCCCUCUUGUGUGCCCCAAGUGCAUGCGGGCCGACUUGCGGCGCCGGUGCUCAGGUGUCUGGCUUCCCCGUCUCGCCGGGAGCCGCGCCGACGCAGGAGCAGCGCCCCGAGGCCCUCCAGGCUGGGGCCGGCGAGCCAGAGAUGGGGAGAGCUUUUCUGACGACUCCUUCAACCGGAACGCACGUGGUGCCCACUCAAGUAUCUGCGCCUCAAGUUCUCGCGCCGCAGGUCGCUGCUCCCGUCCUGUCUGCAGUCGGCGGAGCCGUCCUGACGCCGGCAGUGUGCCCCUCGAUGUACGGGUAUGUGACGCCUGGAGCCCAACUAGCGGUCGGAGCCGGCGGCUACGGAGACGCCUGCCUGGUGGCACAGCCGAUCGACAGGCGCGUCGAGACAUGCAAGUGUGGAUCUUACACUGCUUUUCGCUACCCCGCUCCCGGCACCCGGGUCACAACGUGUGCCUCUUGCCCCGUCAAUUACCAACAGACGAGCAACUGAAAGCGAACGGUGAUUCCAAGGAUAUUCCAGAGAAGAGAGGACGAGGAGACAAGAAAAGAGCAACAGAGAGGGAUAUGAGGCGAAAAGUGGAGAGGAUAAGGGGAGGGAAGUAGGAGACAGACAAGAGACCUAGGGAGAGGAAACAGAAGCGAACGUGACGGGGGACUGAGGGCAAGAACAGAUCGAGGCGUCUGCAACGCUUCCAGAUCCUAACAUAUGUACAUUUUGGAAACUCGUCAGACGGCGAGACAUCUAAGUAAACCGUGUUUUGUGGAGCCAGUCGAAUUCUGUAUAAUUGUUUGAGCUCCGUGUUUCCGGAGCUGAAUCGCACCAGCGUCUUGUAGAGUCGCAGUGGCGGCUCGCGCGCGUGAAAGUUUCGUUAAUUCGAAGAAAGGCUCCUUUUAAUUCUUUUUUUGUUGCUAAUUCACUUAACGCGCAUGUGCCGCAGAGCUGGGCAAAAUCAACCUUGGC